AUGAGCAUUCAAGAGCCACAUAUUGCUGUGCUCGUUCUAGAUACACCAAUUCCAGGCGUCACCGCGAAAUACGGUGACUUUGGUGACAAUGCAAUUGAUUUAAUAAAAAACACUGGCACGGCAUCAUCCACAUUUGUUAAAUACCAAUUGAAUGCCGAAAACCCGGAACAGCUUGACAAAGUUUACGAGGAGCUACUUUCAGCAGUUCAUCGUCACUUGAUUGAAGGAUAUGUCCUAACUGGGUCACGUAGUGAUGCGUUUAGUUCCCUUCCAUGGUUAGUGAGGUUGAAAACGUUCUUGAAAAACACAAUCCUAAAGCUCGACAAGCCUGUGGUUGGGUUGUGUUUUGGUCAUCAGGUUAUAGCAUCAGUAUUAGGUUGCAAGAUUGAUCGAAGCAAUGAAGGGUGGGAAGUUGGCACAACUACGAUUUCCAUCAACGACGCCAUAUACAAAUUGGAAAACUCGCCAUUUACUGAACUCAAUCAGAAGGAGAACAUAGAUGAAUCUGGCCAAGAUUUUGAUGCUGCUGUGUUGUUUGACCGUUUGAAUUUGAUUGAAUCGCAUAGGGAUGUUGUAUAUGGCGGACUUCCUGCGGAUUUUAUCAAUUUUGGGUCCACCAGUAAAUGCUCGAUUCAGGGAAUGGUGAGUGUCGAUAAUGGUGACGGCAACAAGCGAAACUGCAAAAUCAUUACAUUCCAAGGCCAUCCCGAGUUUACAACAGAUUUAGCUUUAGAUUUGUUAAAGUAUAAAUUUGAUGCAGGCUUGUUGAGUGAAAAUGAAUACGAAAAAGCAAAGUACCACACUCUGACCUUAAACAAUCAAGGGGACUUGAUAGGAAAAGUUAUCAACAAGUUCCUUUUUGAAGGGAGCGAUUGA